AUGUUUUAUUAUUAUCUUUUUUUUCUAUUUAUUUCCUUAAUUAAAUCUUGUCCAUUAAAAACAGUUGACAGUCGUUCUGGUUGUUAUUGCGGUAUUGAAAUUGAUGGUACAAAUUAUAUUCAUUGUCAACCAUAUUCUAUCGAAAUUAUCCCUGAAUUUACACGUUCAUAUAUUCAUGAUAAAUUAAAUUUAUCAUAUAAUUUUAUUCGUAAUAUAACAAAUCAAUCAUUUAAUAAUUUAAAAGUAAAAAAAAUUUAUCUUCAACAAAAUCUUAUUGAAUCGAUUGAUAAACAAUCAUUUAAUAAUAAUAUACUUAAUUAUCUUGAAGAACUUCAUGUUGAUAUAUUAACAAAUGGAAGUUUAGAAUUUCUUUGUUAUGGAACAUGGAGUAAACUACGUAUACUUGAAUUAUCUGGUUUUAAUUUUAAUCAAUAUCAACAUUGUUUAGAAAAAUUUCAUCGUCUUGAAAAAUUAAUUAUACGAAAUUCACAAAUUAAUUUUCUAUCAAAUUAUUUAUAUAAACUUCCUAAUCUUUAUGAAUUAUCAUUAACGAAUAAUCAAAUUGAAUAUUUAAAUUUUGAUAAAAAUUCUUCAGUUAUUUCAUCAUCUAUUAAAAUAUUAAAUUUAACAUCAAAUCAAUUACGAAUAAUACCAAAUGAUAUAUUUAAUCGAAUGUCACAAUUACAUACAUUAGAUCUUUCACAUAAUCUUAUUGAAAAUUUAUUUAAUAUUAAUCAAAUUAAUCCAUUAAAUAUUAAUUUAAGUUAUAAUUUAAUAAAUUACGUUCAAUUAAAACAUAUUCAUAAUAAUUAUGAUUUAUCAUUUAAUCCAAUAUGUACAUUAGAAAAAAGUGAUAUCAAUAUUAAUUUAUUACUAAAGAAAAUAACACAUCUACAUUGUGAUUGUCGUUUAGCUUUUUUUCUUGAUGAAAAUUUAGUUAAUAAAUCAAAACUUAUUGGAAUUAAUCAACCAUUUGGAAAUGAAACGAAAUGUUCAACACCAUUAUUAUAUCAUGAUAUAUUUUUAAAAGAUUUAACUUAUGAACAAUUACUGUCAACAUGUUCUAAUGAGUUACCAAAUAAUUGUAGAGAAGUGAGUCAUUUUAAACGAAUUCAACAAUAUACAAAAGAUCUUGUGGGAAGUAAUAUUAUAUCAUCAAUACGACAAUCAAAGAGAAACACAACACAGAAAAAUAAAAUGAUUCAAUCGGUAAAAAAUCUUUCGGAAAUAUCAUCAUUUCGUCUAACAACAUUUUAUACAACUUAUGAAAAUGAUAAUUUAAUUAUUCAUUGGGAUUUUGAUUCAACGUUAUCAUCAAAUUAUUUAACAUUAAUUAAAUUUCAAAUUAUUCUUGAACAUGAAUCAUCAACUAGUACACAAACUAUUCGACGUACAGGUUUUAUAUCACCAUAUCUUAAACAAUAUACUAUUCAUCAUAUACCAUCAAAUAAAAAUUAUUAUAUCUGUUUACUAUUAACACGAUCGACUUAUGGUACAGAUAAAUAUUGUCGAGAAACACGAACAAUAAUAACAACAACAAUAUCUAAUACAAUUCUAUCUAAACAAGCAUUUGUUCACAUGCUGUUUACCAAUCGUUCGAUUGUACUUGGUUUUGUAUUUGGUACAAUUCUCACGACAGGUCUUCUAUUGACAUUAGCCUUUAUCUGUCAUUUACGUUCUAAACGACAACGUUAUCGACGUGCAACAUCAUUCAUAUUUCAUCAUCCUCAUCAAAAACAACAACAUUAUUUAUAUAUUGAUAAGAAUGAUGAUGAUGGAACUUAUUCAAAUUCAGUCUUAUCAUCUACAUCAUCAAAAUAUAAUCAUUUUAGAAAAACUUGUCGUCAAACAUGUUUUCCAUCAUUACAAUCCGAUCAAUCAUGGUAUCAUCGAGGUUUAAAACAAUUACCAACAGCACCACCUCCACCACCACCUUGUUGUUUUCAUCAUCAUCAUCUUCAUCAUACGCCUGAUACAUCACUAAGUAGUAGUAUAACAGCACGACGUAUAACAACGUUAUCAUCACAAUAUAGUAAUGGAAUUGAUAAAGAACAAAUGACUUCAACAUCAGUAAUGAGUACGACUAGUUCCGAUGAACAAGCAAAUAAUAGUCCAGCUAAACAUGUUUAUGAAGAACUUACAGAUGAAUCAACAAUGUUGAGACGAAAUAAUAAAAAUGAUGCUUGUCUUUGA